AUGGGCUCGUGUUUAUCUACGUCGGAUACCCCAGAAAAGCACCAUCCGCCAGCAACCGCGUCCAAUACCACCACUGGUCGUAGCAAGGAUAAUCAAAACACCCACGCCAUCACCACCACCAAUCGUGGCAAUAGUGCCUCACAAAAUUUGAAUACCAGUGCUAUAACCAACACCACCACCACCACCAACAACAACAACAACAACAACAACAACAACAACAAUGAAAAUAAAAAGCUUGCCAAUGAGCUCCACCAAAAAUCUGGCCAACCACACCCAUCAUCAGCCAAUCCUGCAACAUCAACAACCGACAAUAACACUUCUUCAACAUUAGUUUCCAGCGACGCUGGUGGUAUAAUAGAUAAAAACCCCUCUGACAAGGAAUUCAAGAUCUUGUUAUUAGGGUCCGGAGAAAGUGGUAAAUCGACAAUCCUCAAACAAAUGAAAAUCUUGCACCAAAACGGCUACACCAAGGAAGAAUUACUUGACUAUAAACCAUUUGUGUUUCGUAAUGUUUUAGAUUGCGCCAAAGCCAUUGCCAAAUGCUAUCAGGAUUAUAAUUAUCCCAUCUCCAUGGACGUCGCAUUGGUUCACCAAACUGUGGGAACCGUGGUGAAAAAUGGGGUUGCCUUACCCAAUGACGCCGAUAACUCUGAUAAUGACGACGAUUUUGACGACACAGUGCAUCCAUUAACUUCCGAAGCUAUUCAAUAUAUUCUUGACGCAACAGUAUCCAGUGAUCCAAACCAACUGUUCGAUGAAAAAUUAUGUGCCUCUAUCGCGUCCUUAUGGAAAGCUAACUCCACCAAAAACUUACUCAUUGUUCACAAGGAUGACUUUUAUUUGAUGGACUCUGCCAAAUAUUUUUUCCAGAAUUUAAAGAGAAUAUCCCUGAAAAAUUACAUGCCCGAUGUCACCGAUGUUCUCCGGACCAGAAAGAAGACCUCCGGUAUCUUUGAAACUCGAUUCAAUAUGGGUUCUUCUAAAAUUCAUAUGGUCGACGUUGGUGGCCAAAGAUCCGAACGUAAAAAAUGGAUCCAUUGCUUUGAUAACGUCACGAUCAUUAUCUUUUGUGUCUCAUUAUCAGAAUACGAUCAAACCUUGCUAGAAGAAAAAUCCCAGAACCGUUUGGAAGAAUCCCUUGUAUUGUUUGACUCGGUGGUAAAUUCCAGAUGGUUCAGCAGAACCUCGAUUGUGUUGUUCUUGAAUAAAAUCGAUGUGUUUGCCGAAAAAUUACAACAUUCUCCUUUGGAGAAAUAUUUCCCUGACUACACUGGUGGUAACGAUAUCACCAAGGCAGCAAAGUACGUUUUGUGGAGAUUCAAGCAAGUUAACCGAUCCAAACUCAAUAUGUUCCCUCAUAUUACCCAGGCAACCGAUACCAAAAAUAUUAAGGUUGUGUUUGCUGCGGUUGAAGAAACAAUUUUACAGAAUAGUUUGAAAGAUAGUGGGAUCAUCACUAUCAAUUAA